AUGAAAGCCUGCAACUUGUUCAUCCGCCUCCUCUCACUUUCGACGCUGGUCAUCGGCGUCUGCUCAACGGUCGACAUUGGUUAUCAAGACGUUUUCAAGCACAUCUGGGCGGGACAAAAUGGAGAAAGGCAACAAAUAUUCGGAAACCGCAUGGUCAAAACUGGAGUUGACGUGGACUUCAUCCGUGGGAGCCCUGGAGAAGGGGACUACGGCAUUUACGUCAACAAUCCGUUAGAAGUAGCUGUGAAGGUCCGGGUCAAAGUCAUUCCCAUGGACGGCAACGCUCUCCUGGACCCCAUCACCGAACGCAUCAUUAAGCCCAAUCUGGUUUCGUCAUGGAAAGUGCGCAGAUUGAUAAAGCAACCAAGAGCAGUAGAGGUUCAAUAUUCAAUCAACAAGGCAGAUUACAAGACGCUCCCAGGACCCCUGAUCCAAAGACAGGAGUCUAUUGUGCUCCCCUCUCAAGAAGUCCCCCACUCUGAACCAGGGUCCCCCUCUCAUGAAUAG